CCGCCCCCACCGGAUUUGUUGUUGGCCAUUUUGCAGACGUCGCGCUGCAUAAACCAACUUUGGCUGUCCGGCUCAAACCGGCCGAUAGCCAACGCCGUCGUCGAGGCGACGACAACAUUAACUGAGGAUUUCGUGAAACUAAACGACGCGACGCCGAGUCCGAGGGAUGAGCUCGAGGGCUGGCGUCAGCGAGAUUCGAAAUGUCCCGACUGGACCGUCGCAGCCUCUGCUUCGGCAGAGAUGCACUCACGCCCGUCCGGGCUCGCAGUUCGUUCUGAUGACGGAGGCAGUGGAACAGGUAGGCCUAGGCCUUAA